AUGGUCUCACAAUCCAGCCUCCGACGCCUCACUCUUGGCCUUGUUGCCACAGGCUCCCUUGUCAAUGCUGGGCCCUGCGACAUCUACUCCUCUGGCGGCACGCCCUGCGUCGCCGCACACAGCACCACUCGUGCGCUGUAUGGCGCCUACACCGGCUCUCUGUACCAGGUGAAGCGCGGCUCCGACGGUACUACGACCAACAUCGCGCCGCUAUCAGCCGGCGGCGUGGCCAAUGCCGCUGCCCAAGACUCCUUCUGCGCCAACACGACGUGCCUCAUCACCAUCAUCUACGACCAGUCUGGCCGCGGCAACCACCUCACGCAGGCCCCGCCCGGCGGCUUCUCAGGCCCGGAAUCCAAUGGCUACGACAACCUGGCCAGCGCAAUUGGCGCACCCGUCACGCUGAACGGCCAGAAGGCGUACGGCGUCUUCAUCUCGCCGGGAACCGGCUACCGCAACAACGCGGCCAGCGGCACAGCGACCGGCGACGCGGCCGAGGGCAUGUACGCCGUGCUUGACGGGUCUCACUACAACGGCGGCUGCUGCUUCGACUACGGAAAUGCCGAGACCAGCAGCACCGACACGGGCAACGGCCACAUGGAGGCCAUCUACUAUGGCGACAGCACCGGCUGGGGCUCAGGCGCCGGCAGCGGCCCUUGGAUCAUGGCCGAUCUCGAGAACGGCCUGUUCUCUGGCAUCAGUUCCGGCAACAACGCCGGCGACCCGUCCAUCUCGUACCGCUUCGUCACUGCGGCCAUCAAGGGCGGGCCAAACCUGUGGGCAAUCCGCGGUGCCAACGCGGCGUCCGGCUCGCUGUCGACGUACUACAGCGGCGCGCGCCCAACUGCGUCUGGCUACAACCCGAUGAAGAAAGAGGGCGCCAUCAUCCUCGGCAUCGGCGGUGACAACAGCGUCAGCGCCCAGGGCACCUUCUACGAGGGCGUCAUGACCUCUGGCUAUCCGUCCGAUGCCACUGAGAACUCGGUCCAGGCCAACAUCGUAGCCGCCAAAUACAGCACCGUGUCGUUGACGAGCGGCCCGGCCCUCACUGCCGGAUCCUCCAUCUCGCUGCGGGCCACUACAUCCUGCUGCACAACACGCUACAUUGCACACACCGGCUCGACUAUCAAUACCCAGGUUGUCUCGUCGUCCAGCACUACCGCCCUCAAGCAGCAGGCCAGCUGGACCGUUCGCACGGGACUUGGCAACAGUGCCUGCUUCUCGUUUGAGUCCGUCGACACCCCCGGCAGCUUCAUACGGCACUACGACUUCGCGCUGCUGCUCAACGCCAACGACGGCACCAAGCAGUUCCACGAAGACGCCACCUUCUGCCCGCAGACCGCUCUCGCCGGCACGGGUAACUCGAUUCGAUCCUGGAGCUAUCCCACUCGCUAUUUCCGCCACUAUAGCAACGUGCUCUACGCUGCGAGCAACGGCGGCGUUCACACUUUCGAUGCCGCCACCUCAUUCAACGACGAUGUGUCCUGGGUCAUCAGCGCUGGCUUUGCUUGAGUGCUGGCUUGGACUCUAUCAAGGUAUCGACAUAUUUUGUGUUUUAUUGAUUGAGUUUUACCCAACUCAGUUACCAUCGUUUGCCUAUUUGCUAUUGUCUAUAUGCUGAGACAGGAAAAAUACAUAAAUAAACCAGUUUACAUUG